AUGUCUCUCAGUCGGUGCGGACCCCAGGUCUCGCGCCUGCUCCCGAGGUCCGGAAACUCCAGAGCUAUCACCACCACCACCAUCACCACUUUCUCCCGCCGUCCAGGCCAGCUUCUUCAGACUUCCACACCUGCUGUGUGCAGCAACUCUCUGCAAUGGCGCAGUGUGUCGCACUCGAGCCGGGAGAGCCAGCAACAUUUGCUCUCCGCAUCCCUCGAGGAGGAGGACCCCACCGUCUACAACAUCCUGCAGAAGGAGAAAAAACGUCAAAAGCACUUCAUCAACCUCAUCCCCUCCGAGAACUUCACAUCGCAAGCCGUCCUCGAUGCGCUCGGAAGUGUGAUGCAGAACAAGUACUCGGAAGGAUACCCCGGUGCCCGAUACUAUGGAGGAAACGAGUUCAUCGAUGAGUCCGAGAGACUGUGCCAGCAGCGUGCCUUGGAGACCUUCAGACUCAGCCCCGAGGAAUGGGGUGUCAACGUGCAGCCACUGUCCGGAUCGCCCGCCAACCUCUACGCCAUCUCCGCCAUCCUCAACACCCACGACCGUCUGAUGGGCUUGGACCUGCCCCAUGGGGGUCACCUGUCGCACGGCUACCAAACCCCCACCAAGAAGAUCUCCUUCAUCUCCAAGUACUUCGAGACCCUACCCUAUCGUCUGGACGAGUCCACCGGUCUCAUCGAUUACGAUGGUGCCGAGAAGUUGGCUCUCCUCUACCGCCCGAAGCUCAUCAUCGCCGGGACCUCGGCCUACAGCCGUCUGAUCGAUUACCCCCGCAUGCGCCAGAUUGCCGAUGCCGCCGGCGCAUACCUCUUAAAUGACAUGGCCCACAUCUCGGGUCUGGUCGCCGCCGGUGUCGUCCCCUCGCCCUUCCCCCACUCCGACAUCGUCACCACCACCACUCACAAGUCGCUGCGCGGCCCUCGGGGCGCCAUGAUCUUCUACCGCAAGGGUCUCCGCCGGACGGACAAGAAGGGCAACAAGGAGAUGUAUGAUCUCGAGAACCCCAUCAAUGCCUCCGUCUUCCCCGGACACCAGGGCGGCCCGCACAACCACACCAUCACCGCCUUGUCCGUCGCCUUGAAGCAGGCGCAGACGCCCGAGUUCAAGGCCUACCAGGAGACCGUGCUGGCCAACGCCCAGGCGCUGGCCGACCGGCUCGGUGGGCCCAUCAACAAUGGCGGUCUCGGCUACAACAUCGUCUCCGGCGGUACGGACAACCACCUCGUCCUGGUGGACCUGAAGAACCGGGGCGUGGACGGAGCCCGGGUGGAGCGCGUGCUGGAGCUGUGCGGCGUGGCCAGCAACAAGAAUACCGUUCCCGGCGACAGGUCCGCGCUGAAGCCCGGCGGUCUGCGCAUCGGCACCCCUGCCAUGACCACCCGCGGCUUCCAGCCCGAGGACUUCCGCCGGGUGGCCGACAUCGUGGACCGGGCCGUGAUCAUCACCCAGAAGCUGGACAAGGCGGCCAAGGAGAGUGCCACGGCCAAGGGGGUCAAGAACCCCAACACCGUCAAGGCCUUCCUGGACUACGUCGGCGAGGGCGAGGAAAUUUCCGAGAUUGUGCUCCUACGCCAGGAGGUGGAAGACUGGGUGGGAACCUUUAGCCUUCCCUGGGAUGAGGAAAAGUGA